AACAUGGCGUCGCCCAUGUGUUUACCUGUCGUUUCUAUCCUGGGUGGCCUGAGGCAGUACUGAGCUGGGGCUCCUGUCUAGUCUGGGUUUCAGAAAACAGAAGUUAAAGUUCGUUUCUGGUCACGGCUUCAGGAAGCCAACCUCCUGACGAUAAAGAGACGCUGCUUCCUUCUAGUCUCUGCAAGUUUCUCCUCUGUCCCCGGUUUGUUCCCGGCGCCACUGCCGGACACCCCGGGUCUCUAAUCCUCCGGGUCUCAAACCAUGAGCCUCCAGCAGCUGCUGUUGCGCUCUUCCCGCUAUCUCGGGGCUUCGAGUUCCUCUCGUCGCUUGUGGUGGUCCCCAUUACUUGACACCACCUCCAAGGUGGGUUCCUGGCGUGGCCAGUCCUCCAGGUCCCCGGCCCACUGGAACCAGGUAGUGUCAGAGGCGGAGAAGAUCGUGGGCUAUCCCACGUCCUUUAUGAGCCUCCGCUGCCUGCUGAGCGACGAGCUCAGCAACAUUGCCAUGCAUGUACGGAAGCUGGUGGGGACUCGGCACCCUCUGCUUACCACAGCCAGGGGACUUGUACUUGACAGCCGAAAUAACCUCCAGUUGAGAGGCUUGGUGGUGCUCCUCAUUUCUAAAGCUGCUGGGCCCAGCAGCGUGGACGCUUCGUGUCAGAACUAUGACAUGGUCAGUGGGAUCUAUUCAUGUCAAAGAAGUUUGGCGGAGAUCACAGAACUUAUCCAUACUGCUCUCCUUGUCCAUCGUGGAAUAGUAAAUUUAAAUGAAUUGCAGUCUUCUGAUGGUCCGCUGAAAGACAUGCAAUUUGGAAAUAAAAUAGCUAUCCUGAGUGGAGACUUUCUUCUAGCAAAUGCCUGCCAUGGACUAGCUCUACUACAGAACACCAAGGUUGUGGAACUUCUAGCAAGUGCCCUUAUGGACUUGGUACAAGGAGUGUUCCAUGAAAAUUCUACUUCCACAAAGGAAAAUUAUAUCACAGAUGAUAUUGGAAUAUCAACUUGGAAGGAGCAGACUUUUCUCUCCCAUGGUGCUUUACUAGCAAAGAGCUGCCAAGCUGCAAUGGAAUUAGCAAAGCAUGAUGCUGAGGUUCAGGAUAUGGCAUUUCAGUAUGGGAAGCACAUGGCCAUGAGUCAUAAGAUAAAUUCUGACCUCCAGCCUUUCGUUAAAGAAAAGACAAGUGACUCCAUGGCUUUUAAUCUAAAUUCAGCUCCUGUGGUCUUACAUCAAGAGUUUCUUGGAAGAGAAUCGUGGAUUAAACAGAUCGGAGAGGCUCAAGAAAAAGGAAGAUUAGACUAUGCUAAGUUGCGAGAAACAAUCAAAGCUGGCAAAGGUGUGACUUCAGCUAUUGACCUGUGUCGUUACCAUGGAAACAAAGCUCUGGUGGCCCUGGAGAGCUUUCCUCCCUCUGAGGCCAGAUCUGCUUUAGAAAACAUUGUGUUUGCUGUGACCAGAUUUUCAUGACACCAAAUUAAAAAGACACUAUUGUUCGUUUGCUGGAAAAAAAAACUAGGGAAUGAGGUGAUCAGGAGAGCUUUCAGGAUGAAAAAGCUCAAUAUGUUAAAGAUUUUAACGGUAUGUACGUUUUUUUUUCCCCUUCCUAAAUGAAUACUGCCUUCUUUUUGGAACUGCUACAAACAAAAUUAGAAGAAAAAAAGGUCAAGCAGUUUUCACUUGUCAUGCCAGAAGCACACUUGAGGCUGCAGUAGCAGAAAUAAUUAAUGAGAUUUGCUCCUGUGACCUCAGCAAAU